AUGGAAUUCACCGGCAGAAGCUUCCACAGAAGCCUGAGUUCCUCCUUGCAAGGCCCUGCACUCAGCAUGAGAGGUUCCAUGUAUGGGAAGGGAGGCAUGCAGCACUUUGGGGCGGCACCCAGCGUCUAUGGGGGGGCUGGAGGCCAGGGCAUCCGCAUCUCGACCUCCAGACCCAUGGUGGGCUAUGGGAGUGAUCUCACCAGAGGAGACGUGUUUGCUGGCAAUGAUAAGAUGACCAUGCAGAACCUAAACGACCGCCUAGCAAGCUACCUGGAGAAAGUACACUCCCUGGAGCAGUCCAACUCCAAACUCGAACUGCUCAUCAAGCAGUGGUAUGAAACAAACACACCCGGCAUCAGGGACGACAGUGCAUAUUACCAACAAAUAAAAGAGCUGCAAGACCAGAUUAAAAGUGUACAACUGCAAAAUUUUCACUGUGUCCUGCAAAUUGAUAAUGCCAAACUAGCUGCUGAGGACCUCAGGCUGAAGUAUGAGGCUGAGAGGGAGACGCGCCUGACAGUGGAGAGUGAUAUCCAAGGCCUGAAUAAGGUCUCGGCUGAUCUAUCCCUAAGUAGAACAGACUUGGAGAUUCAAAUUAAAGAACUGACUAAAGACCUGGAUCUCCUCAAAAAAGAACAUCAGGAGGAAGUAGACAGCCUACGCAGACAUCUGGGCGAUACCGUAUGUGUAGAAGUGGAUGCUGCUCCAGGCCUGGAGCUUGGCACCAUCAUGAAUGAAUUGAGGCAGAAGUACGAAACAAUAGUCCAGGAGAACCUUCAGAAGGCCAAGGAACAGUUUGAGACACAGACUCAACUUCUGCAGCAACAAGUCACAGGGAGCACUCAAGAGAUCAAAGACAAUGAGGCUCAAGUAAAGGAGCUGAGACACACCUACCGGAACCUAGAGAUCGAACUCCAGUCCCACCUCAGUAUGAAAGAAUCUUUGGAGCGUACAUUAGAGGAGACCAGAGCUCGUUAUGGUAGCCAAUUGGCCACCAUCCAGGCACUGCUGAACUCCAUAGAAGCCCAAAUGACACAGAUUUGGAGUGAUACAGAACGCCAGAACAAGGAGUACAAUAUCCUCCUUGACAUAAAGACCCGGCUUGAGCAGGAAAUUGCUACUUACCGCCGCCUUCUGGAAGGAGAAGAUACAAACACAACUAUAGAGCAUCUGCCGAGCACCCUGGAGGAGAAAGAUGUGAAGAGAAAAAGGAAGAUUAAGACGAUUGUGGAAGAAGUGGUGGACGGCAAGGUUGUGUCGUGUGAAACCAAAGAGAUGGAAGAAGAUGUGUAA